AUAUAGUGACAAUCAAAUCAAUGACCACUCGGUGUAAUGCUGUCUUCCUUCUCCCUUUUACGCCGGUCAGCCAUGCAUCGUUCAUCUUGCUGGACCCGAGCAGUGCAGUAUGAGGGCGAGAGAAUUGUCCGGGUGAAGCUGUGAAAGCACGACGGGGAGAAGGCCGGUGUGAUAGAAUCUCAGCCUGAUGAGCUUGGCUGAUGCCUCAGGGCACGUCCCUGUCAGAGCUCUUGCUCUAGCUUCCGUUGCCGAUCGCCGCUGGAGGCAGAGCUUCCAGAAAGCGUCAUGAACACCACUUCGACACAUCCUCUUGACUACGCGAGGAAGCCCGUCAACUGAUAUUAACCCGACAAAGCACAUUGACAGCACCUCCGCCAGCAUGUCCGCUCCGCAGCAGAACGUGUGGCAGACCCGAAGCGCCAACUUCCGNCAACAACAACAACAACAACAACAACAACAACAACAACAACAACAACAACAAUCAGAAUCCUGCCUCGCGCAAUGCACCUCAAAGCAAUAGCAACCGCUCCAGCGCCGUAGCCUCACCGACCCAGACCUCCAAUCCUACACAACCCCCAGCACAACAACCAAAGCCCCAAGAAACGAGCAACCCACCACCACGUAACAUCUGGCUCUCCAAACAGCAAGAACGCGCUGCUUCGAACGGCCCAUCCCCCGUUAACAGCACAUCACCUACAGUGCCGCAGCCCGCGCAGCAACAGACCAGCAAUUUCAACAUCGAAGACGCCAAAGCCUUACUGAUCAACAGAAAGCCUGCUGCGGCGCCAUACAAACCAGCCUCGGGCUCCCCAUCCUCAGGAGGCGGGAAAGCUGCAGGAGACAAGAUGGCCAACGGACAGCCCUUCUUUGCAACGCUGGCGAAGCAGGUUGCGAAUUUGGAGGCGGGCGGUUGAGUGAUCGAAGAUAGACUAGGUUCUAUUUCCACGGAGAAGAGGACAUGAUGGGGGAAGAAAGACGCUAGGCACGAAGAUCGAAUCGAACAUCAGGAUACGCGCUUAUUGGGUGUACAUCCACCAUGAAGCGACGCGUGAGGUGGGGAGGAGGAGUAAGAACGAGGAUUUCAGCAGCAUGUCCGCCGCUUGCAAUACUCCAGAAGUGUUUACAAGGAAGAACGAGGUGCAAGCUACAAGUAUCAGAUGGGAACAGCUGGGUAAGAGUCUCUGAGGAGACAUACGCCGAUGAAGGAGCAAGAAUGAGGCUAUGAGGGGCAUACCGCCUUGCAGACAGAUAAUCGGGUGCUGUGUGACCCCCAUCUACCGCAGAACUAUCUGCCUCAGCA